UUUACUUCCUUUUUUCUUUCUUUCUUUCACUUUCUCCAUUCUUUUUUUUUACGUUUAUCAUGUUACGAGGCGCUUCUCUUCUUUCAACAACGUCUCGUAUCACAGCACGAUCGACUCGAUCACAUUUAGUGAAGCGAACAUAUACGACAAACGGCGAAGAAAGUACGAAAAAGUCAGGUUCUGUUGGAAAGUCUUUAUUGUGGUUGACAUUGAUUGGAACUGGAACUUAUGCUGGAGCUACAUAUCUUGCCUUGAACAAUGAAGCUUUUCACGAUACCUAUACAACCUACAUUCCCGGUGGUGAACGUGUUUUAGACUUUUUGGAAGAUACUGCAGCCAAUGCUGAUUUUAAGGAAUAUUAUGAAAAGGGUGUGGCAUGGAAACAUCAGGCUUCUCAAACUGCUUCUACGGUCUCGACUCAUGCUAGUAACAUUAAAGAAUCUGUCAUGGAUUGGUAUGACUAUUUGAGUGAAGCUGUGGCUCAAAUCAAAGGUGAAAAGGAACCUGCAACAUUGACUUCAUCUGACAAUCGACAACGACGAUCAUUCAACAAGACGGAAACACCUUUAUUCGACAAUAUUGUUCAAGGUGGUGGUGCUGCACGUAUUCCCUCUUUCAAAAUCACACCUGGUGAACCUGCAGUGGAUGAUUUGGUCAAGACAACACAAGAAUUGAUCCAAGUAUUGAAUCAAGUUGGAUUGACUGGACAUGCAAAACGAUUGGCUGAUUUUACUUCAAGAUAUAUCCAUUUGAUUGAUCAAGAAUUCAAAGCCGUGCGUGAAGGACAAGAACUCGUUUUGACCAAGGUGGCACAAUUGAAUAAACAUGCUGAUAAGGUAGACAACCAAGUCUCUGAACAUUACAAGGAACUCGUGGCCAAGGUGACUGAUGCUCAAACUAAAUCCAAGAAACGUGUUACUGAAAAGGCGGAUAAGCUCAAGCAGUUAUUGGUAGCCGAAAAUAAUAAAUUACAACAGCAAUUGGUGGAUAUGGGACAAUUGGAAUUGGAUAGUCAACGUGAACAAGCAAUGUCCACAUUAAAACAAGAUCUCUCAGAUCAAAUGGUAUCUCUUCAAAAAAACUUUGCUGAACAAGUACAACGCCAAGUAGAGGAAGAACGUGGAGGAAGAUUGGCUAAUGUGGAUUCUGUGGUUGCUAGUCAAACUGAAUUGGAACGUCUCUCAAGUGCCAAUGCAGAAUAUCUGGAUGAUUCCCGGAAAGCACAUCAACUUUUGGUCGCCAUUGAUGCCCUGAAACGAGCUGCCUAUUGUGGAAACAAACAAGCCUUUUUACAAGAAUUACAAACUCUUCGUGUACUUAGUCGACCCGAUAGUCCUUUUGCCAAUCAAGUGGAAAAACGUAAUGAUGAAUUGGUUCAAGUUGUUGCUGCCAAUAUUUCAGAAACAGUUGCUGAACAUGGUAUUAGCUCAUUUAUUCAAUUGGUGGAAAGAUUUGACAAGGUGGCCAAGGAAGUACGUGAUGCUUCUUUGAUCCCUGAAGAAGGAAGCUCCAUGAUCUCUCACAUUAUUUCGAUCGCUCUCAGUAAAUUACUUUUCCCCAAGAAAGGAUUGGUCCCUGGUGAUGAUAUUGAAGCUCGUCUGGCCCGUGCUGAAUAUUACUUGACUCAUGGUGAUGAUUUAGAAAGUGCUACUAGAGAAAUGAAUCAGCUGAAGGGUUGGCCCAAGCAUUUGACUGCUGAUUGGUUGGAUGCUGCUCGUCGACAUUUGGAAAUCAAACAAGCCUUACAAGUCAUGCGAACACAAGCGAUUUUGAAUAGUUUGUUACAAUUAGAUUAGUCUUUUUUUUUAUAUAUAUUUAGUUUAUUUGAAAAAAAAAAAAUAAAAAAGGAAAUGAUACAA